AUGUUAGUCAUUAAUAGCAGAAGCCAUGGCAGCCUUGCUGAAAAUUAUACUUCUUUUCCAGUUUAUGAGCUUGCAGAAGGUGCAACAAUAUUACUGGCCACUGUGAUGAUCUUCACAACCAGCACAAACAUCUUUGGAAACAUACUAGUGGUGCUGUCUGUGUUACAAAACAAAAAACUCAGAAAUGCUGGUAACAUGUUUGUUAUCAGUCUGUCUGCAGCAGAUGUCAUUGGUGCUGUUUAUCCAUACCCUUUGCUGAUAAGAUCCAUUUUACAAAACCAAUGGCAGUUAGGAGAAAUGCAGUGCCAGAUUGCAGCUUUCUUUCAUGGUUUGAGCUUCAAUGCUUCUGUCUAUAACAUCAUGGUGAUAGCAAUCAAUCGUUGGUGCUGUAUUUGCCAUGGGGUGAAAUAUGACAAGAUAUUCACCAUGAAGAACACCUUCUGCUAUAUAUGCCUGACAUGGGCAAUUAGCUUUAUUUUAAUUUUGCCAGAUUCCCUACUGGGAGCCUUACAAUAUAAUCCACAUGUGUAUAUAUGUACAUUCCUAGCUUCUGCAAAUGAAGCAUUAACUAUUGGGGUUGCUUUUUUUCAUUUCAUUUUUCCAGUAACUGUUGUAAUUCUUUGCUAUGCAAAUAUCUGGAUUAUGGUCAUACGGGUCAAGUACAGAAUCAAAAAAGACAGCAAGCAAACUCUCCAGCCUUCAGACAUGCGGAACUUUCUGACAAUGUUUGUAGUAUUUGUGCUUUUUGCAGUUUGCUGGGCCCCAUUCAGCAUUCCCGGUUUGAUUGCAGUUUUCAGCCCUCCAGGAAAAGCACCCAGUUUUCCAGAUUGGUUGUUUGUUGUUGGCUUCUUUAGUGCGUGUUUCAAUAGCUGCCUCAAUGGUAUUGUUUAUGGGUUUUUUAAUAAGAAUUUUUGGAAUGAGUACAAACGUAUACUGUGGUCACUGUUAACAUUUAUAAUAAGAGGCAAGAAAUGA